AUGUUAGGGAAGAAACAGAAGAGCCUUCUUUCCUUCUGUGAAAAGGCCCAGAAACCAAAGGCAGGUAAACCAGCAAAUGAAACGAACACCUCCCAUCCGGAUUGGGCACCAUCACUGCACUUGGGGUACACGACCAAGACAGUCACCACCACCACCACCACCGAGACUUGUCGCUAUGAGAGACAGGAACAAAGACAACGACGAAGGACUGAGAGCAUGGAGUCAAUGGAUGAAACACCCCUUCUUACACCAGUAGAGACACCUGAGGGAGCAUCAGCAUCAGCACCUGCAGGCCUAGAGGAUGAAGCUGACCAGGGGCCGGUGACAGAAUGUGACUUCUGCUCGAAGCGGCGUGAGGAAAUCAACCGACUGCUGGAUGAGAACAGAGCCCUGAAAUUAGAGCUUGGCCAGAGAAGAAUGGAUGAACAUUCCCUGAAGGAUGAUGAUGUGAGGGUUAAGUACUACACUGGGCUGGCGGACGCAGAGGUUUUCAUGGCUCUUUUAGCCACUCUUCUUCCAUUCAUCACACGGAGCAGUAGAGUAUUGUCACCUUUUCAAAUGCUUAUGCUCACACUCAUGCGCCUCAGACUGAACUUGCCACUGCAACAUUUAGCCUACAUCUUUAGCGUGGACAGGACAACCAUUUCUAGAAUUUUCAAUCACAUGAUAGGCGUCAUGGAUAGCACCAUCACAAAACUGAUCUACUGGCCAACUCGAGAUGCCCUGCACACCACUAUGCCCCAUCAGUUUGUGGAAGCCUUCGGGAACCGUGUUGCUGUGAUUCUGGACUGCUUUGAAAUAUUCAUAGAGAAACCUUCAAAUCUUAAUGCUCAAUGUCAGGCCUUUUCCCACUACAAACACAAUGCAACUAUGAAGUACCUCAUUGGUAUUACACCAAAUGGACACAUUUCUUUCAUUUCAAAGGGAUGGGGGGGGCGCGUCAGUGAUAAACAUGUGACUGAGAACUGUGGCAUUCUUCAAAAGUUGCUACCUAGAGAUGUGGUGUUAGCUGAUCGUGGCUUUGAUAUUGAGGAGAGUGUGGGACUCAUGUGUGCUGAGGUAAAGAUCCCCGCCUUCACAAGAGGACACUGUCAAUUGGAAGCAAGAGAUGUGGAAAACACAAGGAAAAUUGCUCAUCUCCGAAUUCACGUGGAAAGGGUGAUUGGAACUGUCAGAAACAAAUACACAAUUUUGUCUGCAAAAGUGCCCAUCAACAUGGUGUUGCCAUGUGAAGGUGAAGAAAAAACAUUCCUUGACAAGAUUGUGUCUGUAUGUUGUACUCUGACCAUCAGGAGCAGGAGUGUUGUGCAAAGCUGA